UCCUCCAUGCAGGAUGGUUCCUCCACCACCUGUCAGCAAGCCCCACGUGUGCCUCUCCACUGUGCUCAUCAUGACCAGCCUCAUCCUAAUGGAUGCCUACCUGGUGGAGCAGAGCCAGGGCUCCAGGAAGCUGGGCAUCUGUGUCAUGGUGGCAGUGGGUGAUGUGUGCUUCCUGCUGGUGCUCCGCUAUGUGGCCAUCUGGGUCGGGGCAGAGGUAAAGACAGCUAAACGGGGCUACGCCAUGAUCCUCUGGUUCCUGUAUGUCUUUGUUCUGGAGAUCAAAGUCUACUUUGUAUACCAGAACUAUAAAGCUGACCGAAAAAGCCUGGAUCUCAUAGCCCGCAAAGCUCUGACCUUGCUGCUCUCCAUCUGCAUCCCAGCCCUCUACAUGUUGUUGGUGGCCACAGAGCACAUGGAGUACGUCAGGACAUUCAAGAAGAAAGAAGAUCUCCGCAACCGCCUCUUCUGGGUCAUUGUGGACAUGCUGGAUGUGCUGGACAUCCAAGCCAACCUGUGGGAGCCCCAGAAGAAGGGGCUGCCGCUCUGGGCUGAGGGCAUCAUGUUCUUCUACUGCUACAUCUUGCUCCUGGUCCUCCCUUGUGUGUCCCUCUGUGAGAUCAGCAUGCAAGGGAUUGGCAUCAUGCCGCACCGGAUGAUGCUGUACCCCAUGCUGAGCAUGCUCACUGUCAACAUCACCACCAUCUUCAUCAGAGGCAGCAACAUGGUCUUCUUCAGGGACGCCCGGGUCUCCAGCAUCUUCAUGGGCAAGAACAUGCUGGCCAUUGGGCUGAAGGUCUGUACGUUUGUGCAGUACCAGCGGCACCGGCACCACGCGCCCCUGGGGCCGGACCUGGCCUUGCAGCACAGCGCCCAGGCCCAGCCCUCCCCAGGGCUGCACAUGGCCCGGGACCAGCCUGCCUGCCCCGAGGAACUGGCCCAGGACAACACGUGACAAGCCAGCAGGAGCCACAGCCUGGGCACCGUCAAGCCUGGCUGUACCCGGAAGCCUGAGGUGGGCCGCUGAGCUCUCCGCUUGAACAGUGGGCAGUGACCUGCUCCCUUUGGCCCUGGGUGAAGCUGCUCUGGUCCCCAAGGAUCGCGUGGCGUGGGCCUCCCGUAGCAGCCACUGUAAGGCCGCAGUUUGGGACCUGAGCACCCCACCAAGUGAGAUGGUCAGCGGAGCAGAGGCAGCCAGGUUUGUCUGCCAUGCCUGGCUGGGGCCAGGCAGCCCUACCCUGCGCUGGGGUCCCCUGCCAGCACUCCCCCCACAGCACUGCCCUCCAGCCAGCCAGGGCUCAGGUCGGGAGGCUGCACAGGGACGCUGCUGGUCACCUGCACUGCUGCUGUGGUUGGCCCUCGCUUCUGCUCAGUGCUUGGCAGCAGCUGGCUCCCUGCUGCGUGAGCUGAGGUCCCCAUGCUGGGGGAGUGAGGACGGGGCCUCCCCCUGCCUGUCAUCCCUCUUGGCCAGCUGCAGGCCCGGGGCACCCAGAGGGGGUGACUGUCCUUUUUUCAGAUCUUCCUCUUUGCAAUAAAAGACCUG